AAUCUGUCGCCGUAACCACUUGGCUAUAGCGCCCUAAAAAUUACCACAGAUGCUAUUUUUCAGCCUUUAUUUAGCUUAUUGACUUGCAACUUACAGUCGCUGAUGCUCCCUGGCGGACGUUUGAGGUGGUUUAAUAUCAAUGCCAAAGGAGGAUUGUACCAAGGAUUGCACCGCUAGUAGCUGCAACUUGAGCGGAAACAGCGAUUGCCUAAAAACGACAGGACAGUACCGAUUUGGGUAAUGUCUGGUGCCGAUGCAGGCCUGGCGCAGGCCGAGUGCGCAAGCCACUAGCAGCACGGUCCUUGACCCUAAGCCUUCUUGUCAGGCAACCCUGACAAGAUGCCGUACAUCAUACCAACCGUUGAGCAGAUCGAGGACUACCUUGAAUCCCUCGAGGAGUUGCUCUUUUCCUCCCUGUCGGCUGCUACGCCAGAUCUUCCCAAUGUCCGACAAGCAAUACAGCGUCUUUGGGAGGACGUCUCGCGGUAUGGUCCUCAAGCCUUACCCCCACUUCCAGAUCUCCAUAUUCCAGGUCUUGGAGCGUUUGAAGUACCUCCACCUCCUCCACCUCCGCCUCCGCCCAAGUCGUUUGUUGAGAAAUCUACAGAAUGGAUUGCGGACCACAAGUGGACUGCGACCGGUGUCGGGAUUGGUAUCAUUGGUGCUGGUCUGUUAACAGUGUACGGGACUGCCUAUUAUCAACAGAAUUUGAAGCCUAGGAAGGUUAGGGCUACAACGAGCACUGAGAGACGACAGGUCGUUGUUAUUCUCGGAGGAGAUACACCACUUGGUCUUCCUCUGAUCCUGGACCUCGAAGUCAAAGGAUACAUUGUCAUUACUAGUGUUUCUACUCCAGAAGCCGUCGAAGAAAUUGAAGCCAGGACAAAUGGUUAUGUUCGCGCUUUGGUGCUUGAUCCCUCCGAACCUGAAACAGUGACCUUAUUCCUUCGCUCACUUUCCUCGACCAUGUCCCGCCGUUUCCCCAUCACUGCGGCUGGUGAUCCCCAUGCACACCCAUCGACACACACCUACAUCCAGUCUAUCAUAUCUCUCCUCACUCUCCCUGAUCAAGACGAAAUCCCACCUUUUGGCCCUCUGGAGCACCUCUCACUCCGAGACGAGUACCUUCCAUACUUGCAAACCACGCACAUUACGCCACUUCGCGUGAUUCAGGGUUUAUUACCCCUUCUACGCACAACCCCUGCACGCUCUCGCGAUACUCUCUCCAACAAUCAAGGAAAAAAGAGUGUUAUUGUGUGUUUGCCUGUUACCGAUGCACGUGUGGGAUUACCGUUUGCUUCUGCGCAAGCGAUGUCUGCUGCAGCUACGCAGCGAGCAGCGGAAGUCCUCCGAAGAGAGCUUCGUAUCUCUUCAGCAGCGAAAUCAUCUGCUGCAUUGAAGAACAUCAAGGUUGUUACGAUUGAUGUUGGUUCAAUCGGAGACAAGUAUGAAAGUCAAGUUUCAGGAGAUGGCGACGAGGCUCUUGUUACUAUGCAAGAUUGGUCGGAAAGCGAGAGAGAUGCGUAUGGUCGAGCAUUUUCGAACCUUGCUACUAACGGUCCUCGGCUGGGUGUCCGAAGAAGACCGAGUGAUGCCAGCGUCUUCGUCAAUGCUAUUGUGAAGGUCAUCAAGGAUGGCCGCGACGAUGCUGGAUUUAACCUUCCAUUGAGGUUGUCGAGGUUCUGGGAGUGGAUCCGCGGCAAUCACGUUACGGUUGGUGCCGGAGCUGGCACCUAUGCGAUUGCUUCUAGGCUUCCCACUCUGGUCCUCGAUUCCCUUCUUGCCUUUCCGCAUAUCCUUAUAUCCAUUCGGAAUGCCCUUCUCCUCACCCCUCCUACCGUGCCCGAUCCUCCACCUCAACAAAUUGACAUUGUAGCCCCGGCUCCUCGUAAGGUCGAGUCGGCAUCGAUUCUCAGUUCCUCUGACCAUGAACACACCGACAAUGACGUCGCGUCUGAUCAUGGUUCUGAAGCUGACGUUGAGAGUAAUAGUGGAUAUGGAAGCGGUGUUGGCGAGAGUUGGAUCAGUCUCAAGAAGAACAGAGAAGAAUCGCCUUGAAUGGACGAUAUGUUUAUUGUGGACACUUGUACUUGGUAUGUUGUUGUAACAUCUACAAUUCAAUGUUGUAAAGUUAGUCACUGCGUCUCUAUGUAUUAUUAUGUAGGAUAUGAAAGAAAACGUGGAUGUUACAAUCUAAUAACCCAUCCUCCUAGGCUUCAUGUCGAUGUGAAAGGUCCUGAUUUACAUGGACGAUGGCUUUGCGACCCUCCACCGCAAUAUCCUCGUCUUCGUAUUCUCCGCUGUCAUUCUCGCCGCCUCAAUAAACUUCUGAUGCAAGUGAAACGUUCUAUCGUACCUAGCUACUCUGCUGAUACCGGUUGCAAGCACUUCCCUGUGCUGCUUCCAAAAUUCCGUCAAAGCUAGUCCUGUUCCGAUGAACGUCCUGGUAUGAAGAUUGUCGCUGACUUCCUCCACCGUGCCGUUCAACUUGCUCUUGUUCUCCAAAGGGAAGCCGGCAGUAAGCUGUUCAGGGACUUCGUCCUGUCACUAUUGUCGAACAGGAGGGCAAGGAGGGUGAUCAAAAAGUCAUACAGCUCCGUCUUGAGGUCCGUGAGUUCGCUCGACGAUGGCCACUUCCUGGCGCCGACGUCUCUCGUUGCAGAGGCCUGCUGGCAUUGAGGAGGACGAGCAAGGGUCGCGCGUGUCGUCCAUUUUACGCCAGGUGUUGUUGGGGUGUGGUUCACUCAUUUUGAUGUCUUUUUAUUUCGUUUUGGUGGGUUUGGAGGGAUACACCCUUCUUUCGUUCUGGUGGAGCAGACUGGCUCAACGUCAUAGGUUCAACCGUUCAACGUUCAACAACUGUGCUCUUCGUAUAUGUAAAACUAGUCUGACAUUCAACAUAGUCUGGCCCUAUCCUGGAUGUUCAACAGCCACCUAGAGCCGUAUCAUCCAGUCUGUAUCUGUAUUCAUAGCUAGCAUACUCAUGGUAUUCAAUUAGAAAUUGCGAGACAUCCGUU